GGAGGCGAUCCUGCUGCGUGAACAUACAGGACUCCUCUCUCUCUCUCUCUCUCUCUCUCUAGGGUUUGGUUUGGUCACGGCAGCAUCUGUGGCAAUCUUCAUCGUCUUCUCCGAUCGGGACCUCUCACACAUGUCCUCCCCGAUUCUCCUCCUGAUCGUAACAGGUUUCGGUCUCGUUCGACACUGAUCUCUCCUCAAUAGCACCAGGGUUUCGGCGUCUUACAGAAUUAUGUACCUGUCACCACCGUCUCCUCGCGUCCUCUCCAUCGCCGCCUAUGCGAAUCUCCGUGUGUUCGGCCCUGGUUUGAAUCCUUUCGCUCCCUACUGCUUCGCCCAUCACUCUCUCUCUCGCUAAUUGCUCGUUGUCUUGCUCCUCCCUUCUUCUCUGCUUCGUGCUCCAACCUCGAAUGAUGUAAAUUCGCGGUCGUCUUCGAUUGUUCUGAGCCUGCCUCUCUCUUUUUCCUUUUCCCUCGCCGCUGGGAGCUUUACGGUAUCCACUCGCGCUCGGCGGAGCAAAUUUAUUUUGUCUUUGCUCUGGGGUUGUGGUGAUCGAUAAUACCGGUGCUUAGUAUCUGUUCCGGCUGUAAGAGUCGGAGAAUCAUGCCUCAAGAGGAGGUGGUUCCGGUCCGGAGGAAUCUGUCGCUGACGAGAAGGCGCUCGUUUAGGAGCCGGGCUGACGGGGAUGACAGGGGGUGGACUCUGCUCCACAUAGGUGCUCGAAAAGGCGACCUCAGACAGGUGAAGCGCCUUCUUGAUGAAGGAAUGGAUGUGAAUGUGGCUGCCUGGGGCCACAAAUCAAAAGGGGUGACACCACUCCACCUUGCUGCUGAGGGUGGCCACGUGGAAGUCAUGGAUGAACUGCUCGAGCGAGGUGCAAAUAUUGAUGCUAGAACUAAAGGAGCCUGUGGCUGGACACCUCUCCAUAGUGCGGCCAAAGAAAGGAAACGGGAAGCUGUCAAAUAUUUGAUAGAGAAUGGAGCCUUCUUGCCUGAUGACAUAAAUGAUUGCAGAUUCAACCCACCGUUGCAUUACUGCCCUGGCCUCGAAUUUGCUUAUGAGGAGAUGAAGCGUCUUCGGCAGGAGAGCUUAUCUACUGGUGAGGGCUCCUCCUAUAGCUCGGAAAGCUUAUGAUGAGUCUUCCAACACUCAGGACUCGGAAGCCUCUCUAAUGAGCCAGCAUGUUCACCAUAGAAUGGGGAUUGUAUUACCAGUGAAACAUGCCAUCGUCCCACUGUCUCUCACAGUCGUGUCUCAUCUUAUUGUGUUUGUUCUGAUGUUUGCAGUUAAACACAGUACUCUGGUGUAUUUGAAGACUAUGACUAUCUUAUGUACUUGGGAACCAUUAUGAGGAUGAUAUAUUGUAAUAAAGUCUCGACUUUGUUCUCA